CGCAGGGGCAAUGGAGUUUAGACUGUCGGCUGAAGCUGUCCAAAGUUGAAAUACGAAACUUUACCACCAGACAGCAGUGACAGCUAAGAACAUGAGUUUAUCGAGAUGCAGCUUGCUAGUCGGGCUGCUCUGCUUGCAUAGUAGCUGGGCUCAGCACCAGUUCUACCAACUGCUGCAGAACUACUCAGAGUUCUCACCACUGCGGCCACAGUACGGCCCCAGCGCCGCCCCCCUGUUCCACCCCCGCGGCGUCCCCGUGCUCAACGCUGGCUCAGCUGGAGGUGGCUACGGCCUCCGUCCUGCCCCCGGCAACUACGAACUGCCGCAGACUGAUAAUGCGCUCUACGGACUGCCGCCUCACCCACUCGCUUGCGGACCCGAGUUCCAGGGUGGUUGCCAGGAAUCCAAGUAUCGCAGCAUAGAUGGCUCUUGUAAUAACCCCCAUAACCCCACCUGGGGCAUGCCCAACACCCACUAUGGACGUCUGGUUCCCUCCAAGUAUUCUGAUGGUAUCCACGCCCCACCAGUGUCGGUAACCGGUGCCAAGCUGCCUGGCUCUCGUCUGGUCAGCAUCGUCAUGUUUCCGGACGUCCCGAAGAACGACCCUCUCUGGACUCUUUCAUCCAUGUCCUGGGGACAGAUAAUGACUCACGACUUGUCCAUGGCUAUGGGAACCACCCAAGCUAAGGCCCACUCAAUCCAGUGUUGCAGUCCUGAUGGUCAGAUCCGUGUACCCGAGGAAUACGCCAGUCCUCUCUGUUUCCCCAUCCUGAUUCCCCAGGAUGACCCUGUCUACUCUCGCUACCAUCAGAUGUGCAUGAACUUUGUGAGGAGCACAACUUAUUUGGACACAGGAUGCGGCUCACCUCAUGAACCUGCUGAACAGCUGGUCGCAGUCACUCAUUACAUGGAUGCGUCCUUCGUGUACGGUUCGACUAACGAGGUAGCUGUGAGGCUGAGGGAAGGUCACGGAGGACUUCUGCGAGUGGAUGUUAGAGACAACAGGCCCUGGCCACCAGCGGCAGUCAACAAGAGCGCAGCCUGCGACACCCAAACUGAGGAUGAGCCCUGCUACCAGUUCGGUGAUGUGAGAGGUAAUCAGAACCCACAGCUGACUGUGCUGCAGAUCGUUAUGCUGAGAGAACAUAACCGUAUCGCCACCACCCUCUCCCACAUCAACCCUCACUGGGAUGACGAAACUCUCUACCAGGAAGCCAGAAGGAUCCUUAUUGCAGAAUACCAGCACAUCAAUUACUACGAAUGGUUGCCUAUUUUCCUCGGCAAGAAGAACAUGAAGAAGUACGGUCUGCUGUACGAAACCCACGGCUACACCGACGACUACAGGCCUGACGUCGACCCGAGCGCGCUGAACGGCUAUGCGACUGCCGCCUUCCGUUACUUCCAUUCCGCCAUCCAAGGACGACUAGAACUGAUCGGAGAGGAACGUAACACAUACGGAGUCCUUCGUCUCAGUGACUUCUUCAACAGGCCUGGAAUCAUAGAAGAGGGACAAAACAUGGAUCACUUGGCCAGAGGACUGACCACUCAGCCUGAGGAGAACAUUGAUCCCUUCUUCACAAGUGAGAUCACUGACUACUUGUUCCGUAACGGCAAACCAUUCGGUCGAGACUUGCGAGCAACUGACAUCCAACGAGGCCGAGACCACGGUCUGGGCUCUUACAAUGACUACAGGGAAUUCUGCGGCCUGCCUCGCGCCAAGACCUGGAAGGAGUUCAGUGAUUAUAUCACUCCUGAGAACAUUGAGAAGUUAGCUCUACUGUACGCCUCACCAGACGACGUCGACCUCACAGUGGGAGGCUCUGUGGAGGCUCACGCCGAGGACUCCCUGGCCGGUCCUACAUUCCUGUGUCUUCUAUUGGAACAGUUCUACAGGACCAGAGUCUCUGACAGGUUCUUUUUCGAGAGAGGAGAUCCUCACACUGGUUUCACCCCAGAGCAACUUGCGGAGAUCAGGAAGUCUUCAUUCUCUCGUCUCAUGUGUGAUAACAGUGACAAUGUCUAUCAGAUGCAGCCUCGAGGCUUUGAAGUCAUUUCUCACACGAACCAACUGGCGGCUUGCCAAGAUGCCUCUACAAUACCCAUAGUGGACCUGAGUGCUUGGAAGGACGCCCAUGGGCCAGUUCAUACAGGACCUUUCUACGGCAAAAAGUAACAUUAGCUUUCUCCAUUACAUAUGAGAUCACCUGGUACAACAUUAUAUUACCAUUAACAUCGUCCCAUUCAUUCAUGCACUCAUUCUAACUCAGCUUGGCAAAUCCUGCAAACAUACAAUUAAGCGGUACUAAAAAGUCAUUAAUGUUGUACUAGACACAAAUUUGUUACCACUUUUAGAACAUAGGAAAUUGUAUAGUAUUAUAACGAUGUAUGAAUGUGUAAUAAUUCACAGAUGGUAAUGGGCCGUAAUGCUUUCAAGCAUUACUACACCGGAAUGGCCUUAAUUCCAUUUUUGAAUUUAUUAUAUGAAUUUAGUUUUCUAAAAUAAUACAACAUAAAUUUCCACAUUAAAAUUACCUCAUUUUAUCCAAACUUUAUAAAAGCAUCAACUGAUUUAUAUGUACACUAAAAGUAAAAUCGUUAUAAACCCUAAUAUGUCUAUAUAUUUUACUACAAAUCAUAAUUUAACUUUAAAGAAAUUAAAAGAUACAUAUUGUACAGCUAACGGUUUUUAGAAUGUUUAUAACAAUACAAGUAUAUUAUAGUUCUAUAUAUUAGUACACAUUCCGUAUUAGUUAAAAUUAACACAUUCAAAGGUGUUAGGUGCUACAUAGUUGUUACGUUAAAUAUUUACCAAAUGUUUCUUGUAAAUAAGUUUCGCUACUUUGUAUGUUUGUCCUGUAAUUAUUUCAUUAGCUCAUGCAUUUACUCAUUUUUGGGGAUUUUGCCAAUGUACAGCUACCAUUCGUCAACCAUUUAAAAAAACAUCAUAUCUUUAGUUGUUUUGGGGAUUGCUGUAAAACAUACUGACAUUUUUAAUGAGGUACAUCAUCGAUAUUCAAAAGAAAAUAUUGAUGUAAGCACCUGAACACUGAAAGAACUUAACAUGAUAAAAUCACAUUAUCAAAUGCAUUAACUUUACAUCUUUCCCCAAAACAAAUUCUUCAUGACAUCUUCUUCCUGAAACUACCAGUAUUUUUUUGUACUUUUAUAUAAGAUUAGACAAGUAAGAUUUUUGUAAGCCUUUUUGUACAUAUGAAAUAAAUAUUUAUAUAAA